AUUUUAUGUGCUAAUGACAAAGAAUAUCAGUUUUUGGAUUAUAUAGAUAUUUUUAUUUAUAUAGUAUAUAGUGAGAUUGUUGUUAUGAUAUGUUCAAUUUUAGAAAAUGGAAUAGUUGACUGGAAGGAAUUUAAAUUAUAGGUGUACAAACCUGUAUUGAUAAAAUGACCAAUACGCUAUUGAUAUUGGUAUUGUAGAUAUAAUAUUUCCUCUCUGAAGAAGAUAUUAAAGGAGCACAUUUUUUUCUCUUCAUAUGAAGUAACAAUUUAAAUAAAUUAAUAACAUUAUACAAAGGGGAAUAAUACAACUGAAUCAGAAAUACUGGAACUAUAAAUAACUGUAGAACUACUUAUUAAAGGGACUUUGAUAUCAACUCAGAUUUAUACGACAAGAUUCCAAAAGAAUAUUCUUUCCAACAAUUUCAAAAAUUAUGGCAAAUAUCAAUAAAGAUCACGCAAAAUUAAAGGAAGUAAGUGCUUGUUUUACUGAGAAAACAUUAAAAGAUAUAUUAUAUACUGUGCAUAAUGGAAAAGAAGUGAAUGUAUUGAGUUGGGAAUUCGGUGGAUCAAGUACGACUGGGGACAAUUAUUUAUCAACAAUUUAUAAGAUUAAAGUCACUGGUACAGUAGAUGGAAAAAAAGUACAAGUUGGUUUGGUGGUUAAAGCUCUACCAAAGAAUAAAGGUAGAAGAAAGACAUACAGAAGUGCAGAAUUUUUUAGCAAUGAGAUUCUAUUUUAUACAAAGAUAAUUCCAAAAUUCGAGAUGUUUGUAAAAGAAAAAAAUCAACCUCAAGCAUUAUGCAUUCCACGUCAUUUUGCUUCUGUUAUGGAUGGUGAAAAUGAUUUUAUAGCAUUGGAGGAUGUCACUUUUUUAGGAUAUAAAAUAAUUGGUAGACAAAAUUCUCUAGAUGAAGAGCAAUUCAAAAUGAUUUUAAAAAGUAUAGCAAGAUUUCAUGCAAUUUCUCUUGCAUUUAAAGAUCAAAAUCCACAUGAAUUUAAGGAAGUUGUAGAGUAUUUGCAUGAAACAUACUAUAGUAAUGAACAUUGGAAUUGGUACAAGAGAUUCCAUGAGAAGAUAGUAGACAUUACUAAAAAUGCCUUAGCUAUAGAAUAUCCUGAUAGUGAAGCGGAAAAAAGAUUGAAGUCUUAUAAAGCUCAGGACUUAUUUCAAAAAGCAAUUGAAUUAUGCAAUCGUAAAUAUCAUUCAACAUCUGUUGUCAGUCAAGGUGAUUCAUGGAUCCCAAAUUAUAUGAUCCGGAAAAUAACUGAACAUGAAGCUUUAAUACUUGAUUUCCAAUUGGCAAGAUGUGCCAGCCCAAUCUUAGAUCUCUCAACUACUUUUUAUUCUUGCACUGAUAAAGCACUUUGGGAUGAAAAAUUUGACAUAUUAUUACAAUUUUAUUACAACGAACUAUUCAAUACCAUCACCUUACUUGGAUCUGAUCCUAGAAACAUAUAUUCAUGGGACAUGUUUAUGAAUGAGGUAAAAGAACAAUUUGUAUUUGGUAUGAUAUUUGCAAUGGAAAUAAUUCCAAUGGCUUUACUGGAUGAGUCUGAAGUAUUUGACUUAGAUCUUAUAAAAGAUGACAAUGGAAUAGAUAUAGCUGAUGUAUGGACAUUAUCAUACAUUAAAACAAAAGAUGGCAGGCUUAAACUGGCAAAUAUCGUUGUACAUGCUGUUGAAAAAGGAUUUUUCUAAAUCAUACAAACAAGUAUAUUUUAUACAUAAUGUUUAUUAAAUGUGUAGCAUUAAAUAAAAUAUAGACAAUCUGUA